AUGGUAAAUGACCGAGGAAUUCCGAAUAAAGCGGGCAAGGAAAUGACGGGAAAACGGGAAAAGGCGCCUGCAAUGCUCCUGAAUGAGACGGGCCACCCAUUGGAUCCUUACGAGGGACUCACGCCACUAGAAAUCAAGCGUCUCGAGUUCCCAAAAUGGGGUCAUCAAAUCGUUGGUGCCUUUCUCAUGUGCGUCACAAUUUUUGGCUUCAUAGAGAACAGUUUGGUAAUGUUCAUAUUUUUCAGGAACAAAACAUUGUUGUCACCGACGAACAUCUUUAUCCUAGGUGUCGCGUUCGGGGAUUUAGGCAUGGCGUGUCUGGGCAACCCGCUUGCCUUUACAAGCGCACUGAACGGAGGUUGGUUCGCGGGUGAAUUUUUUUGCUACUGGGAGGGCUUUAUCGUCUACUUCCUGGGCUUGUCUCAGAUGUAUCUCAUAAUGGCCGUCAGUGUGGACCGCUACAUCGUCAUCGCUAAGCCCCUUCUCUCCUCUAAGAUCACCAAAAAGGUUGCCGUUAUCAGCAUGGCCGUCUGCUUCGUGGUCUCGCUUCUAUGGGCGCUGAUGCCGUUCCUGGGGUUUAGCAGUUACGGGCUCGAGGCCCCAGGCGUGUUUUGCGGGCUCCAUUGGGAGGAUCAGAGUUUCAAUAAUACGAGCUUUAUCAUCGCUAUCUUCAUACUCUGUUUCUUUGUACCUCUGGGCGUCAUGAUCUACAGUUACUACCACGUUUUUAUGACCGUAAGGACGGUGAACAAGAACAUGGUAUGGGACAUGAACAGCCGAAUGGCCCGGAAGAACCUGAAGCUAGAGAAGCGCAUGCUCAAGACCUGUGUCAUCAUGUGUGGUGUUUUCUUUGCUGUGUGGACACCAUAUGCAGUCGUCUCCAUGAUCCAAGCAUUCGGCGACCCCGACUCCAUCCCGCUUUUUGUCAUGGAAUUGCCGUCCGCCGCAGCCAAGUCCCAGAUGGUCUGGAAUCCAAUAAUCUACGUUGCUACCAACAAAAAGUUCCGGAUUGCAUUCUAUGAGGCGCUGCCGUGUGGGAGUAUCCGGGACCGACUUAUUCACCGGGAAGAGGAGAAUGACUCAAAUAUGUCUAAUGUGGGCGACAAGACGGCUGCCGCAUCGUCCUACGCGCAGACAAAAAUUAUAAACCGGACUACGAACCCAACAGCAGCGAAGGCUGCCAAGACCAACCAGGUUGCACCCACGCCCGAACCGGGCCCCUCUAAGAUGGAGUGCUAA